CCGCGUACAGUGGCGCCGGAGUGAGAGUCGGCGGCCGCCGGGACUCCCCGGACGACCCCCAGCAGCUGCCCUCCGUGGUGAGACCCGGGCCGGUCCCACCGGCGCCGAGCCCGUCCCAGUGAGGCCCGCACGGCUCCACGUCCGCGUGCGCGCCGCGGGGAGCCCCUCGGGAGCCGUACCCGGGUCUGCCGGGACCACUGGCGCCCGGCCUUGCCUCGGGAGCCCAACUGCAGGCCUCAUCAUGGCACCAUUCCUACGUAUCUCCUUCAAUGCCUAUGAGCUGGGCUCCCUGCAGAUUGAGGACGAGGCAAGCCAGCCUUUCUGUGCUGUGAAGAUGAAGGAGGCACUCAGCACAGAGCGAGGGAAAACCCUGGUACAGAAGAAGCCCACCAUGUAUCCUGAGUGGAAGUCAACAUUUGAUGCCCACAUCUAUGAAGGCCGUGUCAUCCAGAUUGUGCUGAUGCGGGCAGCUGAGGACCCAGUGUCGGAGGUGACUGUGGGCGUGUCAGUGCUGGCUGAACGCUGCAAGAAGAACAACGGCAGGGCUGAGUUCUGGCUGGACCUGCAGCCCCAAGCCAAGGUGCUGAUGUCUGUGCAGUACUUCCUGGAGGACGGGGAUUGCAAACAGUCUAUGCGUAGUGAGGAAGAGGCCAAGUUGCCUACCAUGAACCGCCGUGGAGCCAUCAAACAGGCCAAAAUCCACUAUAUUAAGAACCAUGAGUUUAUCGCUACCUUCUUUGGGCAGCCUACCUUCUGUUCUGUGUGCAAAGAGUUUGUCUGGGGCCUCAACAAACAAGGCUACAAGUGCAGGCAAUGCAACGCUGCCAUCCACAAGAAAUGCAUCGACAAGAUCAUCGGCCGGUGCACCGGCACUGCGGCCAACAGCCGGGACACCAUUUUCCAGAAAGAACGCUUCAACAUUGACAUGCCACACCGGUUCAAGGUUUACAACUAUAUGAGCCCUACUUUCUGUGACCACUGUGGCAGCCUGCUCUGGGGGUUGGUGAAGCAGGGGUUAAAGUGUGAAGACUGUGGCAUGAAUGUACACCACAAAUGUCGGGAGAAAGUGGCCAACCUCUGUGGCAUCAACCAGAAGCUCCUGGCCGAAGCCUUGAAUCAAGUCUCCCAGAGAUCCUCCCGGAAGCUGGAUUCAGAGCAUGUUGGAAUAUAUCAAGGUUUCCAGAAGAAACCAGGACUCUCUGAGGAUGAUACCCCAGGUGAAAAUAACAAUGGGACCUAUGGCAAGAUCUGGGAGGGCAGCACCAAGUGCAGCAUCGAGAACUUUACCUUCCACAAGGUCCUGGGCAAAGGCAGCUUUGGCAAGGUGCUCCUUGCAGAAUUGAAGGGCAAAGGACAGUACUAUGCUAUCAAGUACCUCAAAAAAGAUGUGGUGCUGAUUGAUGACGACGUGGAAUGCACCAUGGUGGAGAAGCGGGUGCUGGCGCUCGCCUGGGAGAAUCCCUUUCUCACCCAUCUCAUUUGCACCUUCCAGACUAAGGACCACCUGUUCUUUGUGAUGGAGUUCCUCAAUGGGGGGGACCUGAUGUACCACAUCCAAGACAGAGGCCGCUUCGACCUCUACCGUGCCACGUUUUAUGCAGCUGAGAUCAUCUGUGGGUUGCAGUUUCUACACAGCAAAGGGAUCAUUUACAGAGACCUCAAGCUGGAUAAUGUGAUGCUGGACAAAGAUGGCCACAUCAAGAUCGCUGACUUUGGGAUGUGCAAAGAGAAUAUAUUUGGGGAGAACCAAGCCAGCACCUUCUGUGGCACUCCUGACUACAUUGCCCCUGAGAUCUUGCAGGGCCUGAAAUAUACGUUCUCUGUGGACUGGUGGUCCUUCGGGGUCCUCCUCUACGAGAUGCUCAUCGGUCAGUCCCCCUUCCAUGGAGACGAUGAGGACGAACUCUUUGAGUCUAUUCGUGUGGACACUCCCUAUUAUCCCCGCUGGAUCACCAAGGAGUCCAAGGACAUCAUGGAGAAGCUGUUUGAAAGGGACCCAGUCAAGAGGCUGGGGAUGACAGGAAAUAUCAAAAUGCACCCCUUCUUUAAGACCAUCAAUUGGACUCUGCUGGAGAAACGGAAAGUGGAGCCACCCUUCAGGCCCAAAGUGAAGUCUCUGGGCGAUUAUAGCAACUUUGACCAGGAGUUCCUGAAUGAGAAGCCACGCCUCUCCUAUAGCGACAAGAACCUCAUUGACUCCAUGGACCAGACCGCGUUUGCCGGCUUCUCCUUCAUGAAUCCGGCAUUUGAGCAGGCCCUGGACAAGUGAGCCUCCCAGACAUGGCUCCCAAGCCUCCAGGCAGAGCAAGCUGCCCACUCCCAUUGCACCCAGCACUGCCCACAAGAAGCAGCAGGGUGAUCGUUGUGACUUCUGCUGCUGUCCUCUAGUCCCCAGAGAGCUUGGCUCCUGCUGACUGGGCUCAUGGUACUUCCUCUGUGAACUGUGUGUGAGAAUUUGUGUUCCCUCUUUCCCUCAGUGGGAAACUGUAAAUCCUGUGUGUCAUUACUUGAAUGUAGUUAUCUAUUGAAAAUAUAUAUGUAUUAUAUAUGGACAUAUAUAUAAUAGGCUGUAUAUAUUGCUCAGUAGAGACAAAGCAUGUAGACGCUGGUGAUGUGUUCUUUUUAAAAAGGUAUAUGUACAUACAUGAUGAAAUGGAAAAAGCAUGCUGUUUGAACCACCAGGUUCUUUUACUUGUGUGUCCAAAUAAAAACUGAAUGGUAUCAACCU